GAGCACAUGGAGAAGCAGCUCUAGAACACUACUGCUGGCAGCGACAACGAGGGAACGAUUAACGACAGACACCAAGGCCUUAAGUGAGGGCUCGUUAUAGCGGGGAAGGGCUCUAAUCGACCAACCUCUCUGGAUCUUCAAGGAUUUCAUGGAACUCUGCUAGAUAUACUUCGGACUUGAUCUCACUUUCGUUCUCGCAACUCUCUCGUCAUUUACCGCUUCGAAUCAUCUCCUCCUUCUCAUAACCGCCAUGAACAUUUUCCGCUUCCUGGGUGACUUGUCCCAUCUCGUCUCCAUAUUCAUCCUUAUACACAAGAUUACCACCUCUCGAUCAUGUCGUGGAAUCUCAUAUAAGACUCAGGUCUUGUACCUCGUUGUAUUCCUCACGCGGUAUUUGGAUCUGGUGACGGGACCAUAUAUGAGCGUGUACAACACAUUGAUGAAAUUGUUCUUCAUCGGUAGCUCAGCGUACACUUUGUAUCUCAUGAAGGUCAAGUUCAGACCCACACACGAUGCUUCCCUUGACACGUUUGAACUCGCCUACCUCCUCGUUCCAGUCUUCUUCCUCUCGCUCAUUUUCAACUACAAGUUCACGCCCGUCGAAGUCAUCUGGUCUUUCUCAAUAUGGCUCGAAUCAGUCGCUAUCCUCCCUCAACUGUUCAUGCUUCAACGUACAGGCGAGGCGGAGACUAUUACCACGCACUACCUCGCAGCUUUGGGCCUCUAUAGAGGUCUGUAUAUCCCCAACUGGAUGUACAGAUACUUCACGGAAGGGGCUUUCGACCCUAUCGCUGUCGUUGCAGGUCUGAUCCAGACUGGUAUCUACGCUGACUUUGGAUACAUUUACGUUACAAAAGUCCUCAGAGGUCAAAAGUUUGAAUUGCCAGCUUGAUCCACACACCCAAAGCAUGCAUAGAAGAGAAUGUAGUUGAUGGCGUCGUGCCUUGGUCUUAUGCCUCGGAAAUUUACAGUGCGCCACCAAAGCGUGCAACAUGCAGGCAAUCAUCAACAUGAAAUGCUCUUACAUCCUCUUCCUGUGUCUGUUUGUCUUGUCAAUGUGUCUCGAAGCAGCAAGAUUUUAGUGAGAAUGACAGCCAGAGAUACGAUAGGAUGUCUAAACGACAACAGAAUGCCACUCGACGCCUCGAUCGCCGUUUUAAGCUCUUUUUGCAAUGUUCCAG